GCAGAGGAGUUUGGAAAAGUCGUUUCUUGACGCAGAGGAGUUUGGCGAGCGAAGAAUGUGUUGCCGCUAUCAAAGACACGACCUUGAGCAGGAGUAGCGCUCUUCUGGUUCGCCCAUGAAGUGGGUUUCUGCUUCUAAGCUCCAUCUCUCCCUCGCGGGCCUUGUGGGUGUUGCCGGUUUCGUCUUCGCCUUGAAAAGAGAUGGCAUAGUCGGGUCCUUCGGUGGCCUCUCGUUGUUAUUCCAGAGAAAGAAUCAUCUUGAAGCGAAGUUCUCCGUGCCCGGUUUGCAAAACCUCGGCAACAACUGUUUCCUUAAUGCAGUCUUGCAGGCUCUGGCUAGUUGUUCGUGCUUCCAACCUUUUGUUCACAAGUUCUUGGAGGAAUGUGAACUGACAGUCGUGGAGGAGAAGGCAGAAAUGAUGCCACUAACCCUUGCAUUGGACGAUCUUCUCGAAGAGCUAUGCAGUUCUGGUGAUAGGAGGGUAGUACUGAGCCCUCGAAGAGUGAUGCUUGAGAUGGCCCAUUAUAUACCCAAUUUCAAUCUGACAAGCCAGCAGGAUGCAGCAGAAGCACUCCUCCAUCUUCUCUCCUCCUUAAGGGAGGAAUUUUCAGAGUGGUAUGUUCCAGUUCGAAGUCCUCUAGCCGUUGUUUCUGAUACUACCAGUAGGGUUCUUUCUUCAAAGAGUAGAGACAACCAAAGUGAACAGCAAAGAUGGCAGAAGCACUUCCUCGGGCCUUUCGAUGGGAUUAUUCGUAGCUUUUUAACGUGUCAAAGUUGUUCAUCUCAGAUUUCACUAAAUUUUGAAUUUUUCCAUACUUUGCUGCUUUCUCCUGUGCUGUGUAAUGGCUCAACCAUUAUAGGAGGUUGUACAUUGCGAGAUUGCUUAAAGCAGUUUGUUGCUGCCGAGAGAGUUGUCAAUUACCAUUGUAGUCAAUGUUGGCACAUCGCUGCAGCGAAGUACUUAUCAUUGGUUAGGCCAAGUGAGAUGGAUAUCAUGAAACUUAAGUCAUGCAGUGGUGGAGAUUUAUGUGACUGCCAAAAUCAGUUCAAUCUCAAGAUGCUACCUUGGUCAAAUGAUUUUUCGCAAACUGUUAGGCAGUCAACUAUUGCCCGUCCGCCGGAGAUUUUGUGCAUUCAGUUGCAACGGGCUUCAGUGAAUGAAUUUGGAGAGCCUCUAAAACUUCAGGGCCACAUUUCGUUUCCAUUGGUUCUGGACCUCUCUCCUUACACAACAAAUAGGGUAGGGAUGCAAAUCAUGAAAGGAAGUGUUUCCGCUGGGCAAGGGAACCUUAAUAGUCAACAAAUAAGCCCUCUUUCUGUGCAGUCUAACAUGCACAUUGAUUCAGAAAGUCACAGUAUCCGGUUAAGAGGGUUGGUAGACUAUGAAUUUGGGUCUGUUGUGCAGCAGAAACCCUUCAAAGAAGAGGCGGAGGUGGCAAAUGGACCCAGCUCUAGUGACUCUUGUAAUGAUGAAUGCAUUAUAUCCCAUGGCAAGGAUUUGACGCCCCAAGCUUCAAAAAGUCAUUGGUACUGUCUUCUUUCAGUGGUGGAACAUUUUGGAAGAACGGGAAGUGGCCAUUAUACAGUUUACAGAAGGGUAAGAACCAAGCCGCCUGAGGUGGAAAAUCAGCCACACUUGGAAACUGCCUCAGAACAAUGGUUUUACAUUUCAGAUUCAGAGGUGUACAAUGUGUCAGAAAGUGAUGUUCUUGCUGCUGAGGCUAGCUUGCUCUUUUAUGAGAGAUUGGUUUAGGGCUGAGAUGUACAAGUCAAAUGUAACAACUAGUUGCCUGUAAUGAUUGAAGUUCCAUGAUCAGAGAAUCUGAGGCUUUUUUUUUCAAAUGCACUUUCGAGAAAUGAAGAGUGAACUGGCAGUGCAUAUCUGAUAUGAAGGAAGCUUUAGCAACCCAGACACCAGCGAUUUUGUACAAUUGCAGACUCCUUGGUGUGGUGAAGAGUCAAGGGCAUGCUCUGCCCAAAGAAAAAGAUCAAAAGAUUUAUGUUGUCUUCUAAGGAUAUGGGGAUUUCAGCAGAGCAGAUCAUGCAAGCCAGCAAGAAAAAUCUGUGAUGAAAGAGUAUCCUUGAGACAGAUUUUUGUUUUUGUGUCAAGGGUACGUAUCUUGGGGCGGUGCUUGUAGGAUUCUUUCAGUUGUUGAUUAGAAUUUCAAUCUUCGUUGGAUAGGUAUUAUAGGGAAACCAAAAUACCAGCAAAUUCCAUUCUGAGUUUUGUUGUCUUUCUGGUUUUAAGUACUUUGCCAAACAGGUGGCUGAUUACACCAUCUAAUGAUGAUGUCUCUCCUACCUGGAAUCUGAAUUGUCGAGAGGGAUGUUACACGGUUACUUGCAUCACUAGUCAUCAGGUUCACACGGUUAUUACCCAUCAAUAAAUGAUAUUUCUUACUCC